AUGAGCAGCGGCUAUCGGUCAGCUGCUGCCGUCCACCUGUCCAUUUGGCCAUUCGACCUCUGGUCGUUUCUGGGCGAUUGUCGCAAGACGGCCAACGAUGGACGGUGGACGGUGGACGUGUUCUCUGCGCCGCUCCACGAUUUGCGACACCACCCUUCGUCAGCCGUGCCACCGAGCCGAACCGAACCAGGCAUCCUGAUGAACGAAACUGGUCUCUCGUCGUCUCUUCGCCCAGCAGCUGAUCCGCUGUCGUCGAUCAUCACUCCGUUCUACUCUGCGAUUCUACGUCGAAGACUAGCACGGAUGAGCGCUAAGCCAUGA